AGAUGGCGGUAAUGCGCUGAAUGGCGUUCAGUCUGACAGUCCACACGAGAGAAGAAGCAGAUGUGUGUCUGUGGAGCUCCAUCUGACUCAAGCUCCUCUCUCUCUGUUGUGUUUUCUGAUCUAGAACAGCUAUGGACGGCGAGGAGGAAAGCAAGCCUAUAGACCUGAUGGAAGUGAAAGAAGAAAGUGAAGAACUGACUGAAGUGCAUCGAUAUCAGGAUCACAAAACACAAGACUCUUUCAUCUGUCCUCAGUGUGGGAAGAGUUUCACACAGAAAGCUCACCUGAAGGAUCACAUACGCAUCCACAUCGGAGCGAGGCCUUUCGGGUGCAUUCAGUGCGGAAAGGAUUUCACACAGAAAACAAACCUGAAGGAGCACAUGAGAAUUCACACCGGAGAGAAACCAUUCGCGUGCCAGCAGUGUGGAAAGAGCUUUACGCAAAAAGGCCAGCUUAAGAAUCACAUCCGAAUUCACACCGGAGAAAAGCCUCACGCGUGCCAAGAGUGCGGACGGAGUUUCACGCAAAAAGGCCAGCUGAGAAACCACAUCAGAACUCACUCUGGCGAACGGCCUUUCAUCUGCUUACAGUGUGGAAAGAGUUUUUUGCACAAAGGAACCCUUAAGGAUCACAUACGGAUCCACACCGGACAACGAUUGUUCAUGUGCCCUCAGUGUGGGAAGAGUUUCACACGUAAAGCCAUCCUGAAGAAUCACCUGCGCAUUCAUUCCGGAGAAAAGCCCUUCAUGUGCCUUCAGUGCGGGAAGAGUUUCACGAAAGCGGCGUAUCUCCGGAUCCAUCAGCACUCGCAUUCCCAAGAACGACCGUUCGACUGCCGUCAGUGUGGGAAAAAAUUCACUUCUGCAUUACAGCUAAAAAGGCACGUGAAAAUCCACGCGGAUGAGAAGUCGUACCCGUGCUGUUUUUGCGGGAAGACUUUUUCCAUGCUGGAAUAUUUGAAGAAGCACGAGAAAAUACACACUGGUGUGAGAGCUCACGUGUGCUCCGAGUGUGGAAAUGUGUUCUCCACGAUCACCUUCUUGAAAGAGCACCAGAGGACUCACACUGGAGAGAAACCGUACGCGUGUGCUCACUGCGGGAGGCGUUUCACUCAUUCCAGCACUUUGAAGAGACACGAGAGAAUGCAUACUGGAGAGAAGCCGUUUCACUGCGCUUUAUGUAUGAGGAGUUUCACGGCAUCUAAUACUCUACUCAGACAUAGAAACAAAUGCUGCCAGAAGCUGCUGUCUCAGUGAGCAGAGAGCAAUUACUAGGGCUCCUGACUGCACCUGUAGUAUUGUUCUGUGACUCACUAG